UCCGCUCCCCGCCGGCCGCCCCCCCCCGUUCCCUCCAACCUGCGCCAUGGAGGCACCGGGCUGCCCGGCCUUCCCCCCGCCUCGCCGGGCUGGACCCCCCCCGGGGCUCCCCCGGCCUCCCACCGCCUUCACGGUGGCUCCACCGGGACCCCCCCGGCACCCGCCGCCGCUCAGCCCCCGCCCGGCCCGCUGCCCACCGGACAAGGCAGAGCCCCGGUACCUGGGGGUCGCCAGCCCGGGCCCCCUCGCCGUGGCCGUCAAUGGGAAGCCCUUCUACCCGGCCGGGGCUGCAGGCGGCGAGAAGGGUUGCAAAGGCGGGUACCAGGCGAUGCCCGCAGCCUGCAGGGCCCCCGUGAAAGCCCCAGGGGAGCUGGGGUGCCCGCUGGCAGCACCCCUGGGCAGCCUCCGGGAACAUGGGGUCCCCGAGCUCCACGAGGCCCUGGGCAAGAGCAAGAGCAAGAAGCGGAGGAACAGGACGACCUUCAGCACGUUCCAGCUGGAGGAGCUGGAGAAGGUCUUUCAGAAGACGCAUUACCCCGAUGUCUACGCCCGUGAGCAGCUGGCACUACGGACAGACCUGACCGAAGCCAGGGUGCAGGUCUGGUUCCAGAACCGACGGGCCAAGUGGCGGAAACGGGAACGUUACGGGAAAAUCCAGGAGCUGCAGAACAACCUGUGGCCGAGCUCCGGCCCCGGGAACGCUGCGGGGCUCCUGUCCCCCGAGAGCAUCCCGUCCCCCUGCAUGUCUCCGUACCCCCACGCUCACAGCAACAUCGCCGGCUUCAUGGGCAUCCCCGCUUCUCCCGGCCCCCACCCCGGCAUCAACAGCCUCUACUCCCUGCACGGCCUCCCCCCCCCGGCCCUGGGCACCCACCCCUUCGAGCCGGCACCCGAACACGACUACAAGUCACCCACCCUGGUGCCGCUGAGGAUGAAGAGCAAAGAGGCGACCAGCAGCCUGCUGAACUGGGCUACGUGAUCCCCCCCCACCCGGGGAGGGACACAGAGCGUUCGCCACCCCCACCCCGGCCUUGGAGGGCAUCCUUCCCCCCCCCAGCGCCAGGGUUUGGGAGCAGGUUGCGGGCAGUGGGUCACCCUCACCUCCCCCUCCCCACGUACCCCAAUCUCUGUGAGCUGCCUGCAUCCCACCCCACUCCAUCACCCUGCUGUCGGCCCCCCCAGGUGGGGGGGGGGGGGGGGGGUCAAAGCAGGGUUGCUGGGGGAGGGAGAAGGGCCCCCCCCACACCCAGCCUGUCCCAGCGGGGCUGGCCCCAGCAGCUCGGGACCCCAGAAGUGGCUCCCAAAAAACCUGAGCCCUCCCCAAGCACCUUCAGAGAAUGGGAUUUGAUGGAGAUACCGGGCAGUUUGCAGUGGGAUCGCAGCCUCUUGGCCACCCCCGGCUGCAUCCCCCGCCCCGCCCGGACCCCCCGCCCGACCCAGGGGGCACCAGCUGCGGGUAUGUCCAGGGGAGCACCGUGGCAGGGGACACCGCGUUGUUUUGGGGGUAGCGCUCCCCUCUCCAGCUGAAAUUUGGCUGCUGACCCCUCCCCAGUGCAGCCAGCAAUGGGAGAACCUGGGUUCUUCAUGUCCCCAGUGCAGCCAUACUGGGAAAACCCAUGCAAACUGGGACAGCUGCUGGUGAUCAGACGGGGUUACUGGGGGCAGAGCAAAACCCCCAGCCAUGUUCAAGGAGCCCUCGGAAGCCCCCCAAAGCACCAGCAGCCCAUUCUGCUCCUCCUCAAAGGGGAAAUAAGAUUCAGGGCAAGCCCCUGGCCCAGUCACCAACUCCUGCAAUGUCCAGAAUCCCCCAGGCAAUAAACCAGUAUGGGAUGGGGGGCUUUGGGGAUAAAUACACCUAAAUGGAACCCCCUGUGGGGUCACCCAUAGCCACCCCAUGCCUGUUACCCCUCAGCUUGAUAAAGCAGGAAGGUGCUUUAAUCCCAGCGGUGGGACCCCCAUCCCUGGUACCAUCCCCAGUGCCCCAGCUGGGGUGGUGGGGGCACAAGUGGUCAAUUUGGAGGGGUUCUCCCCAUUUUGGGGGCCUGCAGGAAGCCCGUUAGUGGUGGUGCCUCUAUGGCCAGCCCUGGGCGUCCGUGGGGGGGGAGGGACACAAUGACAUCGCAUUGGAUGUGCUUCAUCUGCUCCGGGGGUCCCGGGGUGCACCGCAAGUCCCUCCAAGUGCCAGGUCGGGGCAGCGUGUCCCAUCCUGUCCCCCCCCAGCGUGACCCCCCCGCCCCGCAGGCAAAUGGCCCAAAGCAAGUCACAAACGGGAUCUCCCCUUGCUCCCGCUCAUCCCAUCGCCAGGAGAUGCCGUUAAACCCCCCCCCGAGAGCUCCUUCGUGCCAAAAACCCCCCAAACAGCGGUGCCAUCCUACCCCCAGCUCCUGCAUCCCGAUGCUGGGGGGGGGACCCCUCAGGGAGGCGCCCAGCCUGCCAGUCCAGCCCAAUUUGGGCCGAAACCCCAAGGUUUCCAGCCAAAAGGAGCCCAAACGAUCCGAGACCCGUGCAGAUGUUGUUCCUCGCCCACCAGGCCUGGCACCCCGGCACAGCCUGGCCACGGUGGGUGCCCCCCCCCGCCCCGGGAGGCAGCCACGGCGCGGCCGUGCACCCAGCGCUGCCCACCCUCGCCCGGGCCAUCUCGCGCCCUGGCUCUCGCAGCCCCCCUCCCACCAGCGGGGAUUUUUGUUAUUCAUUUAUAAACAAUAAAACACAUUUUUAAU